AUGCUACAACAAGGCCUCCCCGAAGGCAAAGAGCUGCGUAAACUGAAGUUUAUCGAAUACUUGGCUGGAAAAGGAAAGCUGAAGCCACCCAACCCAAAACCGUACCUGCGUGACAACGCUCCGGUUAAGAAACACGUGACUACUUCACUGCAGGGAAAAGAGAACACGGCUCCAGCGGACCGGAUCACACGCGGAGGCUCCAACACUUUGGUGGCUCAACCCAUGAAACAGGCUGCCAGGAAAACAUUCGGUGACUCAAACAAAGUGAGCGUCAAAGCCAGCAUCCUGAUCGGACGGCAGAAUGCCGUUCGCCCGCUUGCAGCCGGCGCUCCGGCCCGGCCGAGACCGACUCAUCAGACCCCGGCGCUGACCGGCAGACGCAACCCGACUGCGGCGGUACAGCUCAAGAAGCGGCCCGAUGCGGGAAUGCCGCCUUCCGGCAGAUCCCACUCGAGUGCGUCUCGUCCGGCGGUAACCAAACCAAGUGGCGGGUUCGGUGCCGGGUCGCGUCCGCCGACGGCGGUCAGCGUCCGGAUGAGUCUCGGCCCGAUGGUCAAAACUAAAACGGGACUGACUCCCGCGGUGACUCAGCCCAGGAGCGUUCGGAGUCAACACCUGAAGCCGACCUCGGCUACCGUGGCAAAAACGACGCAAUCCAGCAGUUUGCCGCCGGUUUCUGUUUCCCGGAAGCCCGGCGCGACGCAGAGGAAACCGUUUCCCGCCACGGCUCUAAACCACCGCGAGAGGCCGAGAGCUGGGAUGAAAGUUACACACCAGUCGACCUCCAAACCCCUCGUGAGUAGAAAUCCUCAGCCGUCUUCGAAGAUUCCUUCAUCGAGUGGACCGAGAGCCACGACGGCGCCGUUCAAGCCGCCCGGUCAGCCCGCAGGCCGGUUCCCAAAGCAGAGAUCUAAAGGCGCCGGGCAGAACAAGAGCCAAGCGUGCAAAGCCGACCCCCGAGCACCUUCUGGGCCGGCGAGCCGGUGCGGGUCCCGGUCAGGCGGUGUCCUGCCAGCUGCCGAGGCGGGAGGAAAACUGUCAACCCGGAACGCUCGGGACAAGGCGGAUGGCAGAAAGGGGCGUAGCGGUUCGGCCAAUGCCCCUCCCACACGGAUGGGUGAGAUGAAGAGAGCGAGCGCUCCGGGGACGUCCCACACGGCGCCGCGGCCCGGCGGAGCCAUCAGCCGUACGGGUCGGCCCGCGGAUGCCAAAACGCUGAAGGUCCCCGCGACAGAGGGGAAGAAAGUGACUGCUGCCCAGGAGGAGAGGAUGAGAAAGCUCCAGGCAUGGCGGGAGGCCAAAGGCAUUUCCUACAAGCGGCCCCCGAUGCCGGCGACACCUCAGGUCCGGCGUGCCGUGGCGGCGGUGCAGCCUUUCUGGGGUGCCAUGAGUGAGGAAGACGAUGCCCAGUCCCUCAUCAGCGCCGUGGACCGAUCCCUGGCGGACUGCAUCAAACUGCUUGGAGAGGGUUGCCCUCCAGGCCCGGUGAGGGAGGUUCUCUCUCGGCUGCCGCCGGUGUCCCAGAAGUUCUCCAAGUACUGGAUCUGCCGGGCCCGCCUGCUGGAGCUCGAGGGCCAUCUGGACGUGCUGCCCAUGUUCCAAGAGGCCGUCAGGGUCGUGUUGGAGCCCAUCGUCCAGGAGGCAAACCGAGUGAACAAGAUGUUUCAGAUGGAAAACACAAAUCCAUGCAGGCUUUUCCACAAACUCAUCACGUUCUAUCUGAGCCUGCUACGAAGAGUCACAAAAAUCAGCACCGUGGUCCUGGACAGCUCAAGGUGGACAGAGAUCAUAGCCUUUGACGGGGCCAUUGAAACCAACCAGCUGCCUCUCUCCGCUGUUGAUUAUGGAAUUCGGUUCCAGAUGGAGCUGGAGAAUGCAAAUCUACAUGCACCAGCAGCAGAGAACGUCAAACAACGUUGCAAAGAAUACCUGCUUGAAUUUGCGAAGCAAAUGAAACAACGUCUGCCUACCAACAUGCAGCAACUCCAGUCUCUCGGGGUCUUGAGUCCAUCUACGGUGCUCAGUGUUCAGAAAAAACCCCAGCUAGCAUCUCUGUCAUUUCUGCACCUGUACACAGGAAACCUCGGCAAGCUUGAUCAACAGUGGAAAGUGCUGGACACGCUUCAGUGGGAGAAUACAGAAGACUGCAAAACCGAACAGUUCUGGAUUGAAGUGAAAAAUCACAUUGAUGCUGCCGGUGACAAGGACUUUGAUGAGCUUGGAUCGUUUGCCCUCUCACUUCUGGCAUUGCCAUUCAGCAACGCAGCUGUGGAACGCACAUUCUCGGAGAUGAAUUUGAUCAAGACCAAAUUGCGCAAUCGAAUGAAAGACAGCCUUCUGGAGAACAUCCUUCGCAUUCGGGCCUUCAUGCAGAGGCAUGGAAUCUGCUGCCACCAGUUCGAGCCAACCAGAGAGAUGCUGGCCUUGUUCAGUACAGACAUGUAUGACAAGGACCAAGAGGGCGAGGGAUCUCAAAGCGUCUAAACAAAAGACAUUGGAAAUUGUAAAUAGUUCCAUUUCAAGGAGUUUUUCUCUUUUUUUCUUUUUUUACUGUAAGGCACCUUCUACAAGUCAAACAGGCAGGGAGGAAGAGAGAAAAGGGAAGAGAAAGCCUCAAGACAAAGCAACAGAACGCCACCGGAGAGACAGCAUGGGGAUCACCGU